AGUCCUUUUUCACCUUCUCUGAAAAUGAUCCACAGCCUGUUUCUUAUAAACUGUUCUGGUGAUAUCUUCUUGGAGAAGCACUGGAAGAGCGUUGUGAGCCAGUCUGUGUGUGAUUAUUUCUUUGAAGCUCAGGAGAAAGCAAUCGAUGUUGAGAAUGUGCCUCCUGUCAUCUCAACACCACAUCACUACCUCAUCAGCAUCUAUCGGGAUAAAAUCUUCUUUGUGUCUGUCAUACAGACAGAAGUGCCACCACUCUUUGUGAUCGAAUUUCUGCACCGAGUAGCAGACACUUUCCAGGAUUACUUUGGCGAAUGUUCUGAGACUGCAAUUAAGGACAAUGUAGUUAUUGUGUAUGAACUUCUAGAAGAAAUGUUAGACAAUGGCUUUCCACUGGCCACAGAAUCUAACAUCCUGAAGGAGCUGAUCAAGCCUCCCACAAUCCUGCGCUCCGUUGUCAACUCCAUCACAGGCAGUAGUAACGUGGGUGACACUCUUCCCACUGGACAGUUGUCCAACAUUCCUUGGCGCAGGGCAGGGGUAAAAUACACAAACAAUGAAGCCUAUUUUGAUGUCAUUGAAGAAAUUGAUGCAAUUAUAGACAAAUCAGGUUCCACAGUGUUUGCAGAAAUCCAAGGUGUUAUUGAUUCAUGUAUUAAGCUCUCAGGAAUGCCAGAUCUUUCUCUUUCAUUCAUGAACCCACGGCUGCUGGACGACGUCAGCUUCCACCCCUGCAUCCGGUUCAAGCGCUGGGAGUCUGAGCGAGUCCUUUCCUUUAUUCCUCCUGAUGGGAAUUUCAGACUCAUCUCCUACCGUGUCAGCUCACAGAACUUAGUGGCAAUUCCUGUCUAUGUGAAACACAUGAUCAGUUUUAAGGAAAAUAGUUCUUCAGGAAGAUUUGAUGUUACCAUUGGACCAAAACAGAAUAUGGGGAAAACAGUAGAAGGAGUUAUCAUGACAGUUCACAUGCCAAAGGCUGUACUUAACAUGAACCUCACUGCUACACAAGGCAGCUAUACAUUUGACCCAGUUACUAAAGUGUUAGCCUGGGAUGUUGGCAAAAUUACUCCUCAAAAGCUACCAAACCUGAAGGGCAUAGUGAACCUGCAGUCUGGAGCCCCCAAGCCAGAGGAGAAUCCCAGUUUAAACAUCCAGUUUAAGAUACAACAGCUUGCAAUUUCAGGGCUGAAAGUGAAUCGCCUCGACAUGUAUGGAGAGAAAUACAAGCCUUUCAAAGGUGUCAAAUAUAUUACAAAAGCAGGAAAAUUCCAAGUCAGGACAUGAGAAGAUGCUCUGCUGCCAAGAGGAAAUUCCCCUUAAAAAAAAACUUGACUGCUUAGUGACUUAUGUUGCUAUUAAUUAGGUGCCAAUUAAUAGGCACCAAUUAGUUUGGGAUCAAAGAAUUUGUGCAAAGCAGCUCUUAAAAUGAAGGCAUAGCUUAGAUUUUCUUAUUACAGCUUUAAAAUAAGGUAACUUUUUUUCUAAUACACAUUCACUUUUUUGUUUUUUAAUGGAAUUAUCUUGACUAGUUUGAUAGAGGUGAGCCACAGAAUGUUGCAAACACUACACUGCCAGUCAGAUACCAAAGCCCAGAGGCCAAGCACAUUCAGAAGGCCAGACAGGCCAUUGGGAGAGCACAUUUUGCUGCUGAAGCCACCUACAGAGAAAGCUCUGCUGUCCUCACAGCCAGCUGCAAGCUGGAAUUCCACAAAGCAUCACGUAAUCCCUUCAGAAAGAGAGAGCAGCAGUAAGAGGGGCAAGGGUCCCACCAAGGGCCUAGAAUAUAGCAAGUGUCACUCCUGAGAAAGAGCUUCUGAUGAAGAAAAAAACCCAUCAGCUUCAUUUCCUUGUUGUUUACAAGAAAACGCCUUUCUUAAGAAGCAUUUGCCUUAAUCAGCUUUCAUUUGUGCCAUCUGCAGAUGAGCUGAUAAAAAUAACAUUCUGCAUUAAAUCUGGGAGGUGAUUGUUGCUUCAAGUAAUCCACUUUCUUGUCACUCAGUCUGAUCAUUGCCAUCCUUUUUUUUUUUUUAAGAAGACAGUUGCAGAGAGUAAGAUCUAUUUUUACGUGAAGCCUUUGCUUUGUUUUAGGUUCCACUUGUUCCAAGUGGACACCACCAGGUUUGUGCCAUGUGUACAUUGAAGUGUAGCUUUUUAGGUAGCACAGUAGGAGUGUCAAAUGUAUUUAAUGGUUGUGUGCUUUAGUGUUAUGAAAUAAAGGGAACUCUUCUGCAAAUACCCUGUCUCUUGCUGAAACUAUUCAUGAUGCUCCUAGGCAGAAGACAUCUAAUACACAAUUAAGACAAAUAAUACAAAUAAUCUGAUAUUUGCUACGUUUUUGCUGAACCUGAUGACUAUAUGCAUCUAUUUAAAGUUCAGAAAGGGCAUUUAGGAGCAUGGCAGCUCAGCUCCCUUUCAUAUUUUGUAUUUCUAAUUGGAGAGCAAUUAAUGCUUAGGUUAUGACAGUAGAAAGGUACAACAGCAAUGAUGCAAAGCUGGAUGAACUUUUCCUUAUACAGCAGUAUAAACUUGCUGUCUCUCAACUGAUCCACAGUCCCUGCUGUCAGGUUUCAAGCCAUGUGAUAGGAACUGAAGUCUUUCAGCAGUCAAAAUUUUAAGUUGAACAACCAAAAGAAAAAAAAAAUCCAGUCUGAAAACCAGGAAGGAGAACCCAUCUGAAUGCUGGCAGCAAAUUAGGAAGGAAAGAAAUGAGCAUAUGGAAAGAAAUGAGCAUAUAUUCUCUGCUGAUAACUUUGGUAAUAUCACCUGGGUGUUAAGAGCUACCAACCUUUCAGUUCAUCUUUUUAAACCAGACAAACAGCCAUCAGGUCAUUAUUACUCCUCCUGCAGCCUCAGACUUGUCUUCAGCUGAAACUUUGUCCCAGGCUGGAGCUGCUCUCUGCCAGCAGCAGAUGGGAAACACUGCAAGAUGCCCUCUCAGAACAACCCCAUCACCAGUACUGAACAUCCAACCCUCAC